AAAAAGGAAAGUUUUUAAUAUAAUACAAAUCGAAUUAAAGGUAUUCAAGAUAACUUCAGAAAAGGAUAUGACACCUAAAUACAAAUUCGCCGAAGGCGAAAAAGUACUAUGUUUCCAUGGUCCUUUAAUAUAUGAAGCCAAAGCAUUAAAAUGCUCUGUAAAUAAGGAUAAACAAAUCAAAUAUUACAUACAUUAUGCUGGUUGGAAUAAAAAUUGGGACGAAUGGGUACCAGAAAACCGUGUUCUUAAGUACAAUGACGCCAACGUUCAACGGCAAAAAGAAGUCUUUAAGCAGCAUUCCUCAACAGCAAGCAAAAAUAAAAAGGCAACACCAAAAGGAAAGAAGGGUGAAACUGUAUUAACAACAGCGAAGGAUGGUGCUGUCAGCAGUGGAGGUAGUGAAUCACGGGCUUCAACACCCUCAAAAGAAAUUACUGCUACUUCAGCUCCUACACAUGCUUCCUCCAGUCGUUUAAACCGCUCUAAAACUACACCUAACAACGGUGCAAAGGAAUUUGAAUCAUCCAAAAAAGAUGAUAACAAAGACGAAUCAAAAGAUGAAUCAAUAAAAGAAGAAUCACAUAAAAAGAAACGUGGGGGCUCAACUUCCAGUGCUAUUGAAAAAUCCAGUAACGCUAAUGCUGUAUUGCCAAGUAGUAGUUCUGGAACGAAUAGUGGCACUGUGAAUCGUUUUGAUGCACACGUAGAAACUGAAGAAACGUUUCUUUCUAAAGUGGAAGUUAAAAUUAAAAUACCUGAUGAGCUAAAGCAAUGUCUUGCAGACGAUUGGGAUGCAGUCACACGGCAACAUAAACUGAUUGCUAUUCCAGCAAAGAUAACAGUUCAAGAUAUAGUUGAUCAAUAUAUUACUUUUAAAAAAAAUUCUAAAUCGACAAAUGCUUCUAAAGAAGUAGUAAUAAAUGAUGUACUAACUGGCGUUAUUGAAUAUUUUAAUGUCAUGCUUGGAUCGCAGCUUUUGUAUAAAUUUGAGCGACCACAAUAUGCUGAAGUUCUGCAACAGAAUCCAGAUACACCAUUAUCUAAGUUGUAUGGCUCAUUUCACUUACUUCGCUUAUUUGUAAAGUUGGGAUCGAUGCUCGGAUUUUCCGCAUUAGAUGAAAAAUCGAUGCAAGCACUUUUAGUACAAAUACAUGAUUUUCUUAAGUUUUUGGUUAAAAACAGUGCAACAUAUUUUAAUAUGUCGAAUUUUACAAAUGUGACAACGGAAUAUCAUCGUAAUACUCAAUGAUUUUAAAUUAUUUUAACAUCUGAUGGAAAUUUUUGACGAACAUUAAAUAAUCUCUAAUCAUGGUACUUGUAAAAUUGUAGAAAUAUGUCUUAUUGAAUUUUAAAAUGUUUAAAAUUCAUUAACAAUGCUUUUAUGCUUUCCACACUUUGGGAAAGCUACCCUGACUAUUGUGAAAAUAUGAUAAGGGCACAUUUUAUACAUUAGACAACUUAUAAAUCCACUCUUUACAUGGCUAGAAUAAGAACGUAACUAACAAAAUAUUAUGUUAAAAUAAAAAUUUUCAACAAUUAAUUAA